AGGCUUGACAAAGCGGCGCUUGCUGCGCGUUGCUAUGGUGACGUCGCGGCCUGCCUGCGGCCUGUGGGCGCUCCGUCGGCGCUGGCAGUGGAGCGUCCUUUGCGUUGCCCCAGUCAGUUGAAUGAGCCCAGGUAGCUCGGCCGCGCCAUGAACAGGUUUAAUAUUGUCUUGGGCCAGGGGAUACCCAGGCCGACAGCCCCCAAGGUUUCUGGAAUGAUGGAAGUGAUUGCUCCUGAAGAUGGAUUUGUCCUAGAAACACGUUUGCCUUUGCCAAGGCAUAGUGGCUUAGGAAGGACUGAUGUAAUGAAGGAACAGAAGAACAGACAAAAUGGAAGGUUACAUGUGUUUGGUCCAAAAGAAGAAGUAGUCCUUGAACACGUUCAAACAAUUCCACGCAAGGGAUGUGGAAAUGAAUCUAUAAGCAGGCCUUACACUCCAUCAAAGCAGAUCUUGUUACGUGCAGCUAAAUCCGUAGAAAAGGGGAAUACUUUAAAAAGAAUUGCAAGAAAUAAAAAUCCAAAGAUGAGUGUAAUAUUGCCUGACCGCAUAGAAGAAGAGACAGAAAUUCAUAAUGAUCAACAAUUAGAAACUGAUUUACAGAGGCUGAAUCACGAAACUAAGAUAACUGAGGUGAAGACAGAAUUGGAAGUCAAUGAUGAAAAGAUGAAAAAUUCCGCAGUUGUUGAAAAGCUACCCAACGAUGAGGUCAGUACUGAGAAGCAAAGGGAAGGUAUAGCUAAAGAAAAUGCCGACAAGAAGCUGCCAGAGAGUUCAGAGGACGAAAAUAAUGAACAAAGUGACUGUGAAGUUGAAAAGAGAAUUGCACCGCUACAGUUAAUGGGAGAGUUUCUGAAGGCAAUAAUGGAGCAGAAAUACAGCCUUGCAAAAAAGCUUUGUCAGAUGAUUCUGAUAUAUGAACCAGAAAACCCUGAGGCCCUGCAGUUUCUUCCACUUAUUGAGAAAAAACUAGUAUUGGAAAGCGAACGUGCUGCUAAAGAAGAUGAAGAAACCGGUGAAGAGAGCAGUGAAGAAGAUAGCAAUACAGAUAAAAGCGACACUGAAAGUGAAGCCAGUUCUGGAGAUUCUGAUAAAGAUGCUUAGAAAUUUGAAGAUACCACAAACGAGUGUGUUCUUAAUCAUCUUUUCUUUGAAAUGCACAUAUUAAAAUGAGCUGGAUUAAUUAGAAGAA